UUUCUACUCAUCAAGCUUUCAUCACUCACUAUCUUCAAGCAAACUUAAGAUAAAACAUAAGUGUAUAAAUCUUUUGUUUGUUACUAAAUAAUAUAAUCUUUCUAAGAAAUGGCGACUACUCCAUCUGUUCAAGAAAUCAGAAACUCUCAAAGAGCUGAUGGUCCAGCUGCCAUCCUAGCCAUUGGAACCGCUAACCCUGCUAAUGAAAUGUUACAGGCUGAGUACCCUGACUUUUACUUCCGUGUUACUAAGAGCGAGCAUAUGACUGAUCUCAAGCAAAAGUUUAAGCGCAUGUGUGAUAGAUCCAUGAUCAAGAAAAGGUACAUGCACGUAUCCGAGGAGUUGUUAAACGAAAACCCUCACAUGUGCGACUACAAUGCAUCAUCCCUAAACACACGCCAAGACAUCCUCGCAACCGAGGUGCCAAAACUCGGUAAAGAGGCGGCUGUUAAGGCCAUCAAAGAAUGGGGACAACCGCGGUCCAAGAUCACCCACGUCAUUUUUUGCACCACCUCGGGUGUAGACAUGCCUGGUGCUGAUUACCAACUUACCAAACUCCUCGGCCUCAAACCCUCGGUCAAGCGAUUCAUGCUUUACCAACAAGGUUGCUACGCCGGGGGCACUGUCCUCCGUCUAGCCAAGGACAUCGCUGAGAACAACCGAGGAGCUCGUGUAUUGGUGGUGUGUGCUGAGAUUACUGUUAUCUGUUUCCGUGGGCCUACUGAGACCCACUUGGACUCUAUGAUUGGACAAGCCCUAUUUGGGGACGGGGCUGGUGCUGUCAUAGUAGGUGCCGAUCCAGUAGAGUCCAUUGAGCGGCCCAUUUUUCAACUUGUCUGGGCCGCUCAGACAAUACUCCCUGACUCUGAGGGUGCCAUCGAUGGGCACCUUAGAGAAGUCGGGUUAGCCUUCCAUUUACUGAAGGAUGUUCCGGGCCUUAUCUCAAAAAACAUUGAGAAGGCCUUGGUUGAAGCAUUCAACCCUCUAGGGAUCGAUGACUGGAACUCCAUCUUUUGGGUGGCUCACCCGGGUGGUCCUGCAAUCCUAGACCAAGUGGAAGCCAAACUUGGGCUCAAGGAAGAAAAACUCAGCUCGACUCGACACGUACUUAGUGAGUAUGGAAACAUGUCUAGUGCUUGUGUUUUGUUCAUCUUGGAUGAGAUGAGGAAGAGGUCAAUGAAUGGAGAAAUGACUACCACAGGAGAAGGGUUGGAUUGGGGUGUCUUGUUCGGGUUCGGGCCGGGCUUGACCGUUGAGACCGUUGUGCUACACAGUGUGCCCAUAGUCAACUAAUUCAAGGUGAUUACGUGAAGCAUUUGCUACAAUUCAUCAAACAAUAUGAAGUUCAUAAAAAUGAUCUAAUGUUUUUUUCCUUCUUUUUUUUUUUUUUUUUUUUUUUGUAAUAAAUUCAUUGAUGCUUUAGGAUGUUAUACUCCUGUAAAAGAAAAAAAAAUGUGUUACGUGCCUACGUACUUGUAUCAAGUCAUACAAUAAUUUAUUCAAUAAAAAUCCUUUAUUCAAUAAUUCA